GUGGCCGUUCUCUGGAAUUAUUACUCACGAGCGUUUUCUGAGAACAUGCUCUUUGUAUUCUACUGCUUCGUUCUCGUCGUUUUGGCUUCCCUAAUACCAGAAGGACAAGGUAACUGCCGUAAUUUGAAGUUUACCAGUUUUCCUAAACGUGGCUACAGGUUGGAGAAUCACACGGUUCGAACUAUUGAAGUAUUCGACGAGGAUCUCUGCAUGGCGCAAUGCUACCUGGAACCUAACUGCGUCAGUUAUAACUUCCAUACGAUAAUACAGCUGUCUGGAACACACAAGUGUGAUCUGAAUAACGCUACUAUUGAACCCGAUAAAGAUCUGGUGAAAAACGAAAGUUAUAUUUACCGCGGUGCUGAGAAUGCUUGUGCCAGAAAUCCUUGCAAGAAUAAUGCAACAUGCCAAGCUGGGUUUACAGACAGAGGUUAUCAGUGUUUAUGUGUUCUUGGAUCUGGAUUUGAAGGCCAUGAUUGUGGUGAAGAUAUAGAUGAGUGUAUCAACAAGAAACACAGCUGCGAAGGCAAUACGACAUGCAAUAACACCAUCGGAUCGUAUAUCUGCAGGCGUAAGGAGGGAUAUCAAGAAAUUGAGACAAACUGUACUGACAUAGAUGAUUCUUGUAAAGAAACAAAUGGCUCUGAUGUAAAUGCUGAGUGUAACAAUACCCUGAGAUCUUACAACCACACGUGUAAAUAUGGAUUUCAAGAGAAUGAAAACAAUUGCACAGACUUGAACGAAUGUACUGACGGAACACACAGUUGUGAUAAGGAUGCUGAGUGUAACAAUACCUUGGGAUCUUACAAGUGCACGUGCAAACAUGGAUUUCAUGGAAAUGGAACUAACUGCACAGAUUUGGACGAAUGCUCUGACGGAACACACAACUGUGAUGUAAAUGCUGAUUGUAACAAUACCUUGGGAUCUUACAAGUGUUCGUGUAAAGAUGGAUUUCAUGGAAAUGGAACUUACUGCACAGAUUUGGACGAAUGCACUGACGAAACACACACCUGUGAUGUGAAUGCUAAAUGUAACAAUACCUUGGGAUCUCACAGCUGCACGUGUAAAGAUGGAUUUCAAGGAAAUGGAACGAACUGCAUAGGGUUUACAGCUGUGUUUACAAAUCUUGGUAAGAGUGGAAGGAAAGGUUCAGAGUCGAUUGGUAGUUACUACACAGGUCAGGAUCAUGACGGACAAGUUGCAGUGUCCAGCGGUAUUCAACAGUGGACUGUGCCACAUACUGGUGAAUACAGAAUAGAAGCAAUAGGAGCUUCCGGGGGAUACGGUGAGGACAGUAUCAUCAAGAACGGAGGAAGAGGGGCACGGAUGAUUGGACACUUUAAUUUGACAAAAGAUGAGAUCAUACAUGUCCUUGUUGGUCAAAAAGGGAAAAGAGGAGAUCACGACAAACAAACUGCUGGAGGCGGAGGAGGUACAUUUGUAGUGAAAGAAGACAACACGCCUUUGAUUAUAGCUGGAGGUGGAGGGGGAAUUAAAAAUAUGUCAGAACAACAUCUGAGAUGUGAUGCGUCCACAAGCACCACAGGGAAUGCAGGGGACAACUCGCCAUUGGGUUCGGGGGGAAGCAACGGACAUGGAGGACCUACAAAUGGUUGGUUUUCUGGUGGCGGCGGCGGCGGCGGCUUCCACACAAAUGGACACGAUUCAACGUGCCAAAAGUUGUUUAGUGGGGGGAAAGGAGGUUUCGGAUAUCAUCAAGGAGGAGUGGGUGGAGUGUAUUGGGGUGGGUUUGGAGGUGGCGGUGGUUUUUGUCGAGGAGGGAAGGGACCGGGCGGAGGUGGAGGUUAUUCUGGGGGAAGUGGUGGGGCUAAUGAACAUAUUUCCUGUGGGGGAGGGGGAGGUUCUUUUAACAAUGGAACAAGUCAGUGUAAUGAAUGUUGCUAUAAUAGCGCUGGUCAUGGCUGGGUAAACAUCACAUUUUUCCAAUGAAGAGCACAUGGCAACACUUUUGUUAACGUUUAGUGGUAAACUACUUUCGCUUAAACGUGUCCUUAAUGCAAAUACAGUUUCCAAUUGGCCAAUAAAUAAACAGGUAAAGAAUUUGCACUUGUUCGUAUUUUGCACAAAAAAAAAUUUGUGAAGUUGGUUCUCCAUAUUCAUAUACAUUUCAAUAACUGUAUUUCCUCGAAUAAGCAUCUGCCAGGCGCUUACUUAUAAUUUUGGCUAAAGGGAGGGGCGCUUAUCGGAAGAGGGAUGCUUAUUCGAGGGGGGGCGCUCGUAAGGAAUCUAUUAACCUGUACUAAUUCCACUGUAGCUGAAGCUUAAAAAGUUCUAUAUAAAGUGGCAAUACAAAUUGAUUUUAUAGGCAAGGGAGCAGAUGCCAGGUCUGUCCCAAUUGUGCUCGCAAAAUGCUGAAAAGUUGCUCUCUGAAAUGUCAAAA